AGAGAGAGAGACCCUCAGGCCGCUACAUUGUAACACUGUGUAGCGUCACCGCCGCCUCUGAUCUUUCCUCCCGGAGGCCUCAGCGGACGCACGGAGAGAGCAUGCCCGGACGGAGGUAGCCGGCCCCGGGCAUGCUGCUGCCUCCUCGGCCGGCUGAAGGAGAGAGGCAGGACGGAAGGACGCAGAUGGAGAGGCCGGGCAGGCUGCUGCUGCUGUCCGAGCUGCGGGUCCGGAACGCGGCGUACGACGUGAGCCUGAGUCGGUCCCUGCUCACCUGGAAGAGACGGAUCUGCAGCCCGGUGUACCACCCGUUCAGACCCAGUGUGUGUCACAGUGUGUUAGUGUCAGAGAUCAUCUCUGUGAGGGAGGAAGAGGAGGAGAACAGCAGCAGAGGAAGAGACGAUGGCAGCUGGAAAAAGAUCAAAGAGAGAGAAGGAAAGGACUGCAGGCAGGCCUUCACAGUGUUCUACGUGGAGAGGGUUCAGCAGCACCGCUGGCGGUGUGCUGAGGUCAUCUUCACCUGUCCAGAGGGGGCGCUGUGUCAACAAUGGGUCAGCAGCAUCAGGGAGCAGCUCGCCGCCAUCGCCAGCAGACCCAAACACCUGCUGGUCUACAUCAACCCGUACAGCGGGAAGCGGCAGGGAAAACGCAUCUACGAGCAGAAGGUCGCCCCGCUGUUCGCCCAGGCUGGCGUCUCCACGAACGUCAUCGUGACGGAGCACGCCAACCAUGCAAGGGACCACCUGAAGACGGAGGCGGAGCUGAAGAAAUUUGACGGGGUGGUGUGUGUCGGAGGGGACGGGAUGUUCAGUGAGAUCAUCCACGGGCUCAUCUGGAGGACGCAGAUAGACGGCGGCGUAGAUCCAAACUCUCCGGAGGAAGCACUGCUCCCCUGCUCGCUACGCAUUGGAAUCAUUCCUGCAGGUUCAACAGACUGCAUCUGCUUUGCCACUGUGGGCGCCAACGACCCCGUGACCUCUGCGCUGCACAUCAUUGUGGGAGACUCUCAGCCGAUGGACGUGUGCUCGGUCCACCACAACAACACCUUCCUGCGAUACUCCGUCUCUCUGCUGGGUUACGGUUUCUACGGCGACGUGCUGACUGACAGCGAGAGGAAGAGAUGGAUGGGACCGGCCAGAUACGACCUCUCGGGUGUGAAGAUGUUCCUGACCCAUCACUACUACGAAGGAACAGUGUCCUACCUGCCAGCCAAAGGCAUCAUGGGAACUCCACGGGACGCCUCCAGGUGUCGAUCCGGCUGUGUGGUUUGUCAGCACAACGGGCAGCUACUUUCAGAGAAAGCAGCGCGGUACGAGGUGGAUGAGGCAUCGGACAGCGAAAGCGACAGCGAGUGGAGGACAAUCCGAGGGAAGUUCCUGGCCAUAAACGCUGCCAGUAUGAGCUGUGCUUGUCCUCGAAGCCCCAAAGGCCUCUCACCUGCCGCUCACCUGGCCGACGGCACCACCGACCUCAUCCUGGUCCGGAAAUGUUCCCGCUUCAACUUCCUCAGACACCUCUUACGGCACACCAGCAAAGACGACCAGUUUGACCUGACCUUCAUCGAUGUCCACCGGGUGCGGCGUUUCCGCUUCACGCCGCGUCACUGCCAGAGCGACUCAGACCUGAACCUGCGGGAGAUCGGCAAACACCAGAUCUUCAGCCAGAUCUGCCGAGACCACCCGGCUUGUGGCUGUGCCCCCGCCUACAGCAACUGGAACUGCGAUGGUGAGAUCCUGACCCACACGGCCAUCGACGUCAGAGUGCAUUGCCAAUUGAUCAAGCUGUUCGCACGAGGGAUUGAAGAACCAACGGUGUUUGAGGAUAUCACCAACCCCUGUGCAAUAUAGGCCCACAGCCCCAUUACUCACCUGUCAGACACUGGAGUCGUCUCUAUUUCCAGCCUUCGACCUACGUCACUGUUGCUGCCGACAUCAUGUGACCAUCACCCCAUCCUUCACCAGGAGGCUCGACGGGAUUCAGCAAGUUGUGAUGUUACUCCACAAAGAUAAGCAGUAGGGAAGGAGACAAAUCUUUACUUGCUGGGUCUAACACUCCCAAGGUUUCCCCACAAACAGGAAGUGAGAUGUGGUUUCCUUUUAAAACAUCUUGAACAGCUUUAGAUGUAUUCUCUGGAAACAAGCAGCAGUUUUAAAGAGAUAAUCUUUGACCUGGAGAGUAAAGCUUCACCCUCAGAUUGUGUUUGUGUUCUGGGUCAAUUUGUUGGUGUUGAAUGUCUGGCACCUGAUUUAUUUUUGAUAUAUAACUCCAGUCCUGAAACUGAGCCUAAUACCUGUAACAGUAACACAAACAACGUGGAUUUGUUUCUGCGUUGCCCAGAACAUGCCCCGUGUGUCACAAGGGCCGUAUGAAGUACUCCAGUCUGGUUUUGAUACCAAGUCUGGUGUCUUUUUCUGUUAAGUCAGACUUGUUUUGGGUCAAAUAGAUGUUUCGACUUGGACUCAUCUCACCUCUUGGCCGUUUUGACUCGGACAUGUCUCUGUCUUAUGGCUGUCUUGGCUUAAAGUUGGACUUGAGUUGGCCUUGUAGGUGUUUUGAAGUGGAUUUGUUCUGACUUGGACCUGUCUUGACUCUGUCUUGAGGCUGUUUUGACUGACUUGUAAUGGGUGAUUUGACUCUGCUUCGUCUCGUAGUCGGCCACCUCCUGUUACAGAUUCAACCAAGUCCAGAUGUUUGUUUAGCAGACUGGACUCAGCUGUUAAGGGUCUUUACUCGGACUCAAGCCUCUUUGGAUUCAGCUUUGACUUGAUCACAAGACUGCUCAGACUUGUCAAAGACUAGACUUAUGUGGCCUGUUGGUUAAUGCUUGUAUUGCCUUUCAGUAUUUGUGAUUGUAGUUAGUUGAAGUACUCGAGACCUGCCUUGGUCUAGAGACGUCUUUUUCUUUUAGCUCUGGCUCGUCAAGGUCUCUGCGAUUGUUUAAUUUCUGCCUUUUUUGACUCUGACUUGUCCACCAGACAUUCUCAUCUGUUACUGCAAUCUCCGAGUUGCUUGAACUCAAACAGUCUGCAAACUGAUUUCAAGAUUGACUUUGAUUUGUUAUGUUUGUCAUUGUAUUUUUCCACAUUCUUUAUUAGUGCUGUAGUGCUUCAAUCUGGAGUGGAUUCCUGUCCAAAGAUGUUUUUUUCUUUCUCUUAUCUCUGGGCUUGUCUCUGUCUUUUGGAUGAUUUGACUCGAUAAGAACAGACUGAGAGUUUUUUGUAUUUAUUCUACUGAUAAAUAGAUUAGAAAUUGUUAGUUUAUUUGCACUUUUAAAUAGUUUGAAAUAAUCCUGGAUUUGGAAUUAUCUGUUACAUGUUUUCAAGGAUGCCAGACACCUGCCAGUCAAUCCUAGGGUCAUGUAGUCAUUAGGGGUUGGGAGCUGAUGGAACAUUCAUGAAAAGUAGAAAGUAAAUCCCCUGCACAUGGUCAGUACUUGUAGGGAAACAUAGUGCUGACAGGACAUUUAUUUUCCAGCGUUGAACUUUCCUCUCGCAGUCACCGUCUGUUAUUCAGCAGUGUGAAGGUUUAUUUUACUUUCUGCUUCUUGAUUAGAUUUAUCUCUAGUCCUCCAUUGUUUCUCAGGAAAACCUGAGCUCAAUCAUAUCUAUGAAAUUUCUAUUUUUAUUGAUGUUAAUCCGCAGCAAUUCAGAAGAAACAAAAACUAUGAGAAAUCUCAAAUUUCAAUUUUAGUCAAGAACAUUUUGUGUCGGUCAAGCUGGUCGUGGCUGUGUAAACUGAACGGCGCGUGCAUGAAUGUUUUUUAAUCUUCCAUGCUUUCUGCUCAAUAUGCAAAUGAACUGAGCGAACACAGGCUUAAAUGUAAAUCAACUGAAAAUGCACUGCUUUAACACCAAUGUUUCACUCAAACUGUGCAGAUAUUCUGUCUUCGAGAUCAGCUGAAGUUGUAGCUGUUACUUCAAUGAUGUUUUAAAGUUGUCUGUCAGGUUUAUUUGUAAAACCUCAAUUCAAUAAUCUGAACCUUCCAAAAAUCAAAUAAUAGUUUCAUGCAACAAAAGAAUCCUAAAUCCUCUUACGAAAGCAAAGAAAAAUAAUUCUGCUUCACAAACCUGUGUUUACUAGUCAUUCAUCCUAGGAACAUCACUUUAGGGAUGAUAAUGUUGCUCCAGACUGAAAUGUCUCAACCACUAUUGGAUUGAUUGCCGGUGUAGUUGGUUCAGACAUCCAUGUCUGUGCACACCCAGGUUGACAGUGGAGGUGCUGCAGAGUGCAAAAACGUGUCAAGCUAUGCAACAUUAACCACCAAAGAUGGCGAAUGCAACCUAAACAAAUUGUCUUUCCAGAUCUGUGUGCUGUUAGUGAGCGGGUAGAAUACAUCAGCAAGGGGCCCAAUAUCUAGUGGCCAGCCUAAAAGCCUACAAUCAAUUUUAAAUACAGACUCAUCUGUGUUUAUUAUCUUAACCAACCAUGUACCUAAGUUACUACGAGCAACCACUGACGAUUCUGACAACCGAACAUGCAACAACCAGUUAUUUGAAUGCCUCUAACUGUCUUAAUUCAAUGUUUAAAGCUUCUGAACUGGUCCGCAUAUUUUUGAUGACGUCUGCUGUAAAAGGGUCUAUCAUACCUGCAAACCAAAAACCAUUCCCAUCAGCCUCAGCUGUAGCAUGCAAACACACUAAAAUAGUGAUCUUUGGGGGCUCGACUUUAGCAUGUUAGCAUUGUCAUUGUUAGCACUGAGCUCAAAGCUCCACAGAUUGUGAAUUGUUGGAUAUGUGUAUGUCGUAUAAUUAACAUAAAACAAUCUAUUCUUAGUUUCUCAUAACAAAUAGAAUAAUAUUUCACAUGGAACCAAAUUUGGAAUUUUCUUGUGUUACUGGAAGGUUUGUAUUAUUGGUUUGAGGUUUAGUAAAUUCUUGUUUUGUUGAAGGAACGCGCAUUGUAAAGUCCAGUGGUGAUAUUCAACAUUUGCUUUCAAAAAAACCUAAAACAUCUUUUCAGAUCAUGAAAUGUCCCAGAUGUAUUGCUGCUUUCAAGAGGAUAAACCUUUUGGAUUUGAAAGACUCUUCCUGCCCAGAUGUCCAUUUGACCUGACAGGAAGUGGAGUAUCAGCACUGGACUAUCAGACUCUAGAUGCUGUUUCUUUGUGUUUUGGUUUGUUUGUUGACGAGCAAUCCUGUUUCCUCUCCGUGACGUCGAGCUGGACUCAAACUGACGGAGGAGGAAACCAGUAGCAGCUCACGGUGCUCAUGAACGCCAGCAGGCCAAAUACCAGCCGGGGUUUAAUGAUGUAGCUGUCUGUAUGUGACAGUUGUAGCUCAGCCUAGAGGACCUCACAGGUCCAAAAUCUUGGCCCCAAUCAAAAAAAAGUACCCAUCAGAACCCUACAUGCAUGCAUUCAUUUUCAAGGAUGUGACAGAUGCAAAGAUGGAGAGAAAACUAACACUAGCAGCAGUGAAAAAACAAUUAAACGGCUCCCUUAGAGACCUGUUUUAGACUGACUAUCAACUGACCUGUGACCACCUUUAGCUCUGUCUCAUGUUGAUUUAUCUCUAAACGCUGUAUUGAUACAAUCAGAGUCUCCAAACCAAAUGUGUUAAUCAUGUGCACACAGAGGUCGACUGGUGAUAGAUGACUGAGGUGGUAUUUUAGAUAGGAGAGGAUAAGAUAUUUAUUUACAUUAAGCGUCUGUAAUUAUGAGUCAAAUGUCUUUGUGCUUUAGUUUAUAGAUUUAGUGCCCGGUCAAACCAUAAACUGGCAAAUUAAUUUGCAUGUUUUUGUGAUAACAGUUGGUGCUGGUUAAGACUGGACUGAGCAAACCUUGCUAAUGUCGCUUUUACAAUUCUUACGGACCAAAAAAAGGCCCAGUCACAUAAAAAAAAGUGGCAUAAAGAAAUUCAUCUGUACUCAACGGGCCUCUUGACUAAAAUGGCUUUACUAUAAGCUUGGUGACGUAGCGACCGCUCGCAGAGAUAGUUGGUGAACGACGGUAUCUGGCAAGCUAACCACUAACACACUAGCAAGCCUGGGGAUAUGCUAGUCAAUCACUAUAGCUCCUUUCGGUUUUAUCUGUGCUGGGCCGUUUACUAAUUUUUCCAUACAAAUGAUUCAAAAGAAGUAUUUGUACCUUUUGACUCCUAACGUCUCUGUUGUGGUGUGUUUUAUACACUAACAGACAAAGUUAAACGGCUAACAAGCUAUGCAGCCUUAGCAACUGUGGCUGCUUGCUUUUGGUCAACGGCAUGAGUUUGGGUGUCGAAGUUCACCAUCGUUGAACUGGACUCAUCGCUGCUAUUCCACUGGAAUGAAUUCAUUUCAAUGCAUGUAGAAUGUUGACUUGGACCGGGCCUUAUUUACCAGCAGCCGAGUGGGAAAAACCUUUCAUUUUGAGCCGAUUCUUGUUCAUUCUGACAUUUAAGAAAUGACAUGACACUAUGAUAUCUCCAACUUGGCGGAAAAAAAACUUUACUCAUUCUCAAAAAAAACAAAGGUUUCUCGUUGUUCACAUUCUGCAGACGCGCUUUCUACUAGUUAGCAGUUGUAAGCUAGCUAUGCUAACAGGGCGAUAUUAUACAAUGCUCCCUGAUAGCCUCCUCAUUUUUACAGCUCUCUACUCCCUCAGAGUUCAACACUGUCGAGACGGAUUGAAUGUGAAAGCGCAGAUUUUCAUUGAGAAGUUUAUAUUCUACUUAAAAAUUAAACUCGUUCCCAUUAAUCCACUGAUUGUGAAGAAAGUAAUAGAGUAAAAUAUGUAACAGCCCCGAUUAUAACAAGUAGAUUUAACCAAAUCAUCUCUGGAGUUGUAUCAGGUAUUUUACUAACAGCAUGUAGAAGUGGUAAAAUGAAGGAUUAGCCUUUCAAAUAAUGAUUAUUUUAAGCAAAUUAUCUUUUUGAUUAGUUAUCUAUAAAAUCUGAAAAGUCAUUCAAAUGUCCAUCUUAAAUUCUUGAAGUCCAAAGUUGUUGUUUUUUAACUCCUGGAAUGACAACGUUUAACUCUGUAAAGUUUCUCACAAUUUAAAUCUCUCUAACUAACAGGGAACCUUUUUUAUUUUCAAUACUAUGGUUUAAUCCGACGCUGAACACUAGUUUGAUCUAAUGUGUCGGUCGACCUCAAUCUGUAAUCUGAGCUGUAACUGAUCUUUUCCUUCUGCUGUAGCUGUUUCAAUUAUCAGGAAUAAAAAAGAAAACAUA